AUGAUAUUACGAGCAGUGCCGCACAGAGCACAGGAUCAUGGCUUCCUCUUCAAAUUCUCAGCUACUUUGCUCUCCUUCUUCGUGAUGGGGCUAAUCAUCUCGACACCCGGCGUCAUUCUUCCGCACCUCGAGGCGUACUUUCACCUCAACGACAUCCAAGCUUCCCUGAUCUUCCUUGCGGGUCCUGUUGGAUAUCUCGUCGGAGCACGGCUCAAUGCUCCGAUCCACCGACGUCUGGGCCAGAGAGGCAUUGCAACCAUCGCGCCAAUUUGUCAGAUCAUCUUCACAGGGACGGUCGCGACGUUUCACCGCCCAGAGAUGGGUGGAUUCCAGCUGUUCCUGCUGACGACGGCGAUUGGCCAGGUCGGCACUGGACUUCUUGACGGCUCAUGGUGCGCCUGGGCGGGCGGCCUAGGAGGGCACAGGACCAACACCGUUCAAGGCCUUCUUCACGGGAGUUUCUCUCUCGGUGCUGGACUGGGACCUUUCCUGGCCGGGACCAUGUUCUCUGUCGCGAAAACGCCAUGGUGGUCCUGGUACUACGUCCUUCUCGGGGCCGUCGUGUGCCAGGGCCUCGUCCUGUGUUUGGCUUUCCGCCUCGAGGACAGCACGCGAUACCACAACGACCUCGACCAGCCUCUGGAACCGGCGCGACCAAAGGGCAUCUUCCGAUACCCCGUGCUGUGGACGUGUGCAGCCUACUUUCUCGCCUACGUCGGCACAGAGGGAGCCAUCUCAGGAUGGAUCGUGACCUUCAUGCUCCGCGCCCGCGCCGCAUCCACCUUCCUCGCCAGCCUCUCUUCCUCGUGCUUCUGGAUCGGCAUGUCAGCCGGCCGCCUCCUCCUGGGCACCGUGACGGACCAGCUCGGCGUGCGCAGCGCCACCGCCGGCUACCUGCUGCUCGCCGUCCUCGCUCAGAUCCUCCUGGCGGUUGUGAACUCGGCUCCCGUCUCGGUGGCAGCCGUCGCCGCCGUUGGCUUCUUUCUCGGCCCCAUCUUUCCGUCAGGAAUCGUCAUGGUGGCCCGCCUGCUCCCCAAGGAGCUGCACGUGGCGGCCGUCUCGUUUGUCUGCUCAGUGGGACAAGUUGGGGCGGCGGUGCUGCCGUUUGCGCUGGGGUCACUUGCCCAGUGGCUUGGGAUUCGGGUCUUUCAGGUGUUUAUCCUGGCGAUGCUCAUGGCGGCGUUGCUUCUCUGGUGGAUGUUCCCGGAUGUUGACCGACGUUCCAAGGCCGUGCGUGGCUGCGAUCAUGUUGGCUCGAGGGAUGAAACAUCGUCUCAUUGA